AGCAGAUGGAGUCUUUUGAGGUAGAGAGUGAAGAGACUACUGAGAAGAAGGAAGAGGACAAGAAUAUGGCUGUUGGAAUCCUCGUAGCUAUUAUUGCGCUUCUGUGCACAUCUUCUGUGGUCCCUCUAGUCGAUAGGUACGAAGGAGUGCCAUCUAUUUUGAGAAUUAUUUGGAGAUUUGAACUGACUGUUCUUUAUGGGUUUCCUUUGAGCGUAUACUAUUGGCAUAAGAACAGGAAGAACCUUGAUCAUGCAAAGAUAUGGACACUUAGAACAGCAACGGAGCUAUUUGUGUCAUCAUUAUGUUUUGUUGUAGCUGAUGUAUUUUUUAUUUGGAGCUCUGAUUAUACUCUUGUGUCCCAUUCAUAUCUUCUUGCUAACUUAGGAGGUGUCUUUAUAGUACUGAUGAACCUUAUUAGAUUUCUCCCAGUCCAUUAUCUUGAAAUUUUUGGAACUAUCAUAGUUGUUUUUGCAGGAGUACUUUGUGUUAAUGACAAUUCAUCAACCAAGACAAAUAAUCAGACUAAUAUAUUUUGGGGUGAUAUGGUGGCAGUUGCUUGAUCUCCCUUGUAUGGACUUUAUGUUGUUUAUAGUGAUAAUUUGCUAACAAAGCUCCCAGCAAUGGUUAUAAUUGUAGCUAGUUUCUCUAUUCAACUUAUGCUUGUGAUUCCAGUUUAUGUUUGCUUCUCUGGAUACGAGAAUACAGUCUCUUUUGAUCCUCAUUAUGGAUUACUUGGAUGGGCCUCUGAGGAGUAUUUAAUAUAUUCCUUGACUUUUGUGGCUCUUCUUGCAGGAGUUCCUGGUAUUGGAGGAUAUGUUUUCCCACUGAGCUAUUUUCCACCUCAUAUUGUGGCUAGUAUUUUCCUUCUUGAUCCAAUUGUUGGAGAAGUUAUUGGAGUAUUUCUUGGUCAAGAUAACAUGCCAGGAAUCCUAACCUAUAUCGGAACACUAGGAGUUCUAGUAGGAUUGGGAUUGACAAUGAGAGGAAAUUUGCUUAUAAAGAAGCAACAGAGUCAGAAAAAAGCCCAGAGUUUGCCUGUAGAAUCUUUGCUAGAAGAAUUUGAUACACCAUCUUCAAAAUCACCGAAGCUUUCCAGAUCUAUGCCAGAGAGCCUAAGAAAUAUUUAA